GCUAAGAACCCUAGCAAGUAAUCCGCCGAGAGAUCUUCCUGCUUCAGAUUUCCUCGUGCAACCAUCAGCCAUGGCGACUGCCAAAUCUGUGAAGGAUGUCUCGCCUCACGAGUUCGUCAAAGCAUACUCUGCUCAUCUCAAACGCUCCGGCAAGAUAGAGCUACCCCAUUGGGUAGAUAUUGUGAAGACUGGUACUUUUAAGGAACUAGCUCCUUAUGAUCCGGAUUGGUACUAUAUUAGAGCUGCUUCCAUUGCUAGGAAGAUAUAUCUGAGGCAGGGCCUUGGAGUUGGAGCUUUAAGAAGGAUUUAUGGUGGAAGCAAGAGGAAUGGAAGUCGUCCACCACACUUUUGCAAGAGCAGUGGUUCAAUUGCUCGUCACAUCCUUCAACAACUGCAGAAGAUUAACAUUAUUGAUAUUGAAGCGAAAGGUGGGAGAAAAAUCACAUCCAGUGGACAAAGGGACCUUGAUCAAGUUGCUGGGAGGAUUGUAGUUGCUGAAUAAUUAUUAUUUGUCUAUCUGUUUUAGAGCAAAUCGAAACCUUUUUGUGCGUAUAGAGUUUUAUUUGCAGAUUUUUUAUUCAUUAGAUGUCCAAUUCAAUGAGUUUUCUUUGAACAGCCUUUUGUUACAUAAUUUUGAAAUUGGCUAGAUUGUAUGAGAUUA